CCAUAAGGAAGUCAUGGAGGAGAAUCGUGGGAUCUUGGACUCUCUCGUUUCAGGUGGUGAUGAAUUGGAAAUGAAGAACAAGGGAGACCACAACGAAAUCCACAGAGUGGAGGAGCCAAAUCAGGAUUCAGAUUGUGGAGAGAGCUUCAGUCAGAGCUCCCAUUCCACUUCCCAUCAAAGAAAUCCCCUUGAGAAGAAACACUAUCAGUGUUUGGAAUGUGGAAAGAGCUUCACUCGGAGUGCCCAUCUCACUUCCCAUCGUAGAAUUCAUACAGGGGAGAAACCAUAUCACUGCUUGGAGUGUGGAAAGAGCUUCAGUCACAGCCACAAUCUCACUUCUCAUCGUAGAAUUCAUACAGGGGAGAAACCAUAUCACUGCUUGGAGUGUGGAAAGAGCUUCAGUCACAGCCACGAUCUCACUUCCCAUCGUAGAAUUCAUACAGGGGAGAAACCCUAUCAGUGCGUGGAAUGUGGAAAGAGCUUCAGUGAUAGCUCCUCUCUCACCUCCCAUCAAAGAAUUCAUACAGGGGAGAAACCCUUUCAGUGCUUGGAAUGUGGAAAGAGCUUCAGUCACAGGUACAGUCUCACUGCCCACCGUAGAAUUCAUACAGGGGAGCAACCCUAUCAGUGCCUGGAAUGUGGAAAGAGCUUCAGUCAGGUCUCCCAUCUCACUGCCCAUCAAAGAAUUCAUACAGGGGAAAAACCGUAUCAGUGCGUGGAAUGUGGAAAGAGCUUCAAUCGGAGUGCCCAUCUCACUUCCCAUCAAAGGAUUCAUACAGGGGAGAAACCCUAUCACUGCUUGGAAUGUGGAAAGAGUUUCAAUCAGAGGGCAAAGCUGUCUUCUCAUCAAAGGAUUCAUACAGGGGAGAAACCCUAUCCGUGCGUGGAAUGUGGAAAGAGUUUCAAUCACAGGGCCAAGCUCACUUCCCAUCAAAGGAUUCAUACAGGGGAGAAACCCUAUCAGUGCGUGGAAUGUGGAAAGAGCUUCAAUCAGAGUGCCCAUCUCACUUCCCAUCAAAGGAUCCAUACAGGGGAGAAACCCUAUCAGUGCGUGGAAUGCGGAAAGAGCUUCAGUCAAAACCGCAGUUUCACGUCCCAUCAAAGAAUUCAUACAGGGGAGAAACCAUAUCAGUGCGUGGAAUGUGGAAAGAGCUUCAGUCAUAGCCACAAUCUCACUUCCCAUCGUAGAAUUCAUACAGGGGAGAAACCAUAUCUCUGCUUGGAGUGUGGAAAGAGCUUCAGUCACAGCCACAAUCUCACUUCCCAUCGUAGAAUUCAUACAGGGGAGAAACCAUAUCUCUGCUUGGAGUGUGGAAAGAGCUUCAGUCACAGCCAUGAUCUCACUUCCCAUCGUAGAAUUCAUACAGGGGAAAAACCCUAUCAGUGCAUGGAAUGUGGAAAGAGCUUCAGUCAAAACCGCAGUUUCACUUCCCAUCGUAGAAUUCAUACAGGGGAGAAACCCUUUCAGUGCGUGGAAUGUGGAAAGAGCUUCAGUCACAGGUACAAUCUCACUGCCCACCGUAGAAUUCAUACAGGGGAGCAACCAUAUCAGUGCAUGGAAUGUGGAAAGAGCUUCAGUCAGGGCUCCCAUCUCACUGCCCAUCAAAGAAUUCAUACAGGGGAAAAACCCUAUCAGUGCCUGGAAUGUGGAAAGAGCUUCAUUAGAAAUGCCAAUCUCACUUCCCAUCAAAGGAUUCAUACAGGGGAGAAACCCUAUCAGUGCGUGGAAUGUGGAAAGAGCUUCAAUCAGAGGGCCAAGCUCAUUUCCCAUCAAAGGAUUCAUACAGGGGAGAAACCCUAUCACUGCUUGGAGUGUGGAAAGAGCUUCACUGAUAGCUCCUCCCUCACCUCCCAUCAAAGAAUUCAUACAGGGGAGAAACCCUAUCAGUGCGUAGAAUGUGGAAAGAGCUUCACUCGGAGUGCCAAUCUCACCUCCCAUCAAAGGAUUCAUACAGGGGAGAAACCCUAUCAGUGCGUGGAAUGUGGAAAAAGCUUCAGGACGAGCUUUGAACUCACUUUGCAUCAAAGGAUUCAUACAGGGGAGAAACCCUAUCACUGCUUGGAGUGUGGAAAGAGCUUCAGUCACAGGUACAAUCUCACUUCCCAUCGUAGAAUUCAUACAGGGGAGAAACCAUAUCACUGCUUGGAUUGUGGAAAGAGCAUCAGUCGCAGCCAUGAUCUCACUUCCCAUCGUAGAAUUCAUACAGGGGAAAAACCAUAUCACUGCUUGGAGUGUGGAAAAAGCUUCAGGAUGCGCUCUGAACUCACUUCCCAUCAAAGGAUUCAUGCAGGGGAGAAACCCUUUCAGUGCAUGGAAUGUGGAAAGAGCUUCAUUAGAAAGCACAGUUUCACUUCACAUCAAAGAAUUCAUACAGGGGAGAAACCCUUUCAGUGCUUGGAAUGUGGAAAGAGCUUCAAACAGAGGGCUCAUCUCACUUCCCAUCAAAGGAUUCAUACAGGGGAGAAACCCUAUCAGUGCUUGGAAUGUGGAAAAAGCUUCAGGACAAGCUCUGAACUCACUUCCCAUCAAAGGAUUCAUACAGGGGAGAAACCCUGUCAGUGCCUGGAAUGUGGAAAGAGCUUCAGUCAGAGGGCCAAGCUCACUUCCCAUCAAAGGAUUCAUACAGGGGAGAAACCAUAUCAGUGCUUGGAAUGUGGAAAGAGAUUCACCUGGAAAAUAAGCUUCACUUCCCAUCAAAGAAUUCAUACAGGGGAAAACCCCUAUCAGUGUCUGGAAUGUGGAAAGAGCUUCACCAGGAAAGAAAGUCUCACAUCCCAUCACAAAAUCCAUACAGGGGAGAAACCCUAACAGUGCGUGGAAUGAGGAAAGAGCUUCAGUCAAAGCAAAAAUUUCAUUUCCCAUCAGAGAAUUCACACAGAGAAUUCAGUGCCAAGAGUGUGAUCGGAGGGAUUUAUGAAAGUUUGGUCUCAUUUUUAAAGUUCUUAACACAAUUGGAGCUCUUAAAAGGACUUAGAGCUCCCUGAAAAAGCUAAAAUCAAGACAGGUUUGGAUAAGUUCGUUUCUCUUUGAAGGAAAAUAUUUCUUCUACUCUGAGCCACUUAAAGAGAAUUGGAUUCCUGCAAGACAACCACUCUUAUCUGAACGUCUAAAUUGCUAUGUCCUCUUGGACACAUUUUUUAUUUUUUUAUUUUUUAUGGUUCCUCUCUUAAAGUAAUUAUUUGGUUUAUUUGUUUAAUUGAAAUCUUAAUUUGAGAAAUUGGAUUUUAUGUUGAACAGCUUAUGUGUGUUGGGUAUCAGGCUGGAAGGAAGAGGGAGGGCUGGAAAAAUGCAGGUAACAGGAUCUCUUGGGAAAGAGUUAUUCUGUGACCUUGACAAACUGAUAAGGUGCUGCUGGAAAAUAAGCUGCUUUGAGAACAAGGGAGAGGGAGGUUUUGAAUAUGGCAGUUCAAAAACAGUUAACACCAGGCCUGUGUUAAAUUUGGAGAAGCUAUUAGCCCGAAUUGAUAAAAAUCAUUAAAUAGUGACAAAUUUGACCACUAAAGUAGAGACACUGACAAAGAAAACAGAAGCACUAGAUAUCUCCAUGAAAGGAAGGGAGGAGAAGUCUGAAAAGCUGGGAAAAAAGACAAAAAAAUGGAAAUAAGAACAGGAGACGCUUAGGAUUGAUGUGGACGGUUUGGGUGGAAGAUAAGAGGCAAUUGCGGGCGCUUUGGCGGUUCUUGAGAUGAGACAGAAAGCCCAGCCUCUGAGACGGAGAGGAGGGAGGAGAGCAGGAUUUUAGCAAAGGUUUGAGCAGAGUGGCUGGGAGUGGAAGAGGAAUUCAUGGAGGAGGCGCCACUCUCCUCACAGCCAGGGGUGGUGGCUUUUGGGUAGAAAACCAAUGUGAAUAAAUCCCCCCAGUGCCACCCCCUGGCCGGUCUUCCUGUCUCCCUCUCCCUGUGCCCCCACCCUGCCCCAAUCAAAGUCCCAGCCAGCAGCUGCCCCUCCAGGCCUUCCUCCACCCAUCUUGGGGCCUCAAGGCAUGCGGGCAGAAUUUGGUGGGGGGCCAGGCUGGGCUCAGGGGUCUGCUUUCCUCUCCAUGCACUGGGAAGCUUGUCUACUAACUAAUGGAUAAAGAGUUGUUUGGAAGACUAAGCCCUCUCAACCCCCCACCCUGUUUUAAGGAAAACCCGCAGGAGGAGCGGGUAAGGGAGGCAGAACUAGGAAGUCCAGAAGUGACCGAGGCCGAGCAGCCACAGGAACCAGAACCACAACCAAGUGGACCAGCGGCGUCCAACCCAACGACCCCGUCACAACCGGCAGCCCUGGAACAAGAGCCAGAACCAGGAACCCCUACUGAAAGACACCCAAGACCACAAGACAUACAUAGGUGACCGGCGUACCUCAACGACUAGGAAUGCUAACCUCCUGGGCGCAACAGGGAACGUAGAGGGGAGGGGGCUUAUGUACUAAGCUUUGAUCCUAGAACAAAAGGCAAGUAGGAUCCUAGAAUGCAACAACGGAUUGGCCUGCAGGAAAAGACCAAUCAGGCUCCAGGAGGGAAGCAGAAUCAGCCAGUCAGACGGGACUGAUUGUGUAAAUAAUGUAUAUAACAGCCUGAGGUUGGGGGUGCAAUUAAAUCACUGCUUUACAAGCUGCAAUAAACAGCAUGAAAUCAC